AUGACUGCCGUUGCAAACCCUCCCAGUUUUGCGAAUCUGAACCGGCCAGGAUGGAUUAAUGGGGCACAGACGCUCAACUCGAUGAACCCGUCGCCGGAUGACGCUCGAGGAAUCAACAUGCUGAUGCAGCGGAAGCCCCUCCAGCGAACAAGUUCCUCGUCGUCCGUGUCGUCAACAACAUCGAACUCGUCCACCUCGACCGUGACAUCCAAUCCCGCUUCGCAGCCGAACGGCGUCCCCAUGCCGGGGGCGGGCAAUACGGAUGGCUGGUCAAAUCCUGCAAGCCGCAAGCGACCGACCGCGAAAGGCCCGUGGUCGAACGGGAAGCCCGACGGGGCAGCCGACCUCCACCGGGCCGCGUCCGGCCGUGCGCCCAUGGCGAACGGCAUCAAUGGCGCGUCCGCGCUCGGCCAGCAACAGUCCGUCCUGUCAACUCCGACCCAGCUCGGCGGGCAAACCGGACUCGGCCGUCCGGGUGCUGAGGGCAUGGGCUCGGGGCGGCAGCCAGUCCUCUACCUACUCUCCCUAAACGGCAGCUUCGAACGCAAGACAAUCUCGGUUCCCUACUUUCCCGACACCCUCCGGAUAGGGCGCCAGACCAACGCGAAAACAGUGCCGACCCCGGUCAACGGCUACUUCGACAGCAAGGUACUAUCGAGGCAGCACGCUGAAAUAUGGGCCGAUACCAACGGGAAGAUUUGGAUCCGGGAUGUCAAGUCCUCCAACGGGACCUUUGUGAAUGGCACUCGCUUGUCGCCCGAAAACCGGGACUCUGAACCCCACGAAUUGCAAACACAAGACCACCUCGAGCUCGGAAUCGACAUAGUCAGCGAAGACCAAAAAACAGUGGCCGAAAUGCGCAAUGCCCGACUACAAAACCAAGAUUUGGCGAGGACGAGCCAAUUCAUCAGCGCCCUCCUAUCGAAGGAGGACAUCAAAAAUGCGGACAAGCCGGAGGUCCCCGAACCUCCAAAAGCACACCUACCAAAUGGUAACAUUUCGUUCCGUUCCGACGGCGGGAAAACUCGGUUCUCUGAGCCGCCUGCCCCCCCGCCGUCUCAGCCGCUCCCAGAAAAACCGGACGCGGCCCGAGCUUCGGACGCGCCUUCGUUGAAACGAGGCGUAACAGAGCGGCCGAAGCUGGCAAGCACGUCGCCCAUCCGGCAGGACAACAACGUCAACCAGAUCCUUCUCCUCACCGAAGCGCUAAACAACGCUAAAAAGGAGCUUGACAACAACACGGCGAGGGUGCGGGAUCUCGAGGAGAUGUUGACCAAGGAACGGGAGGCUCGGUUGCACGCCGAGGACAUGAUGCAGAAGAUGGAGGAGACCAAACAUGCCGAAACGAACGGUUUUGCCGAAGGGCCGCCGUUGGUUAACGGCCACUCCGAGCUCGACAGGGCCUUUGACCCCCCUGCCGAGCAACCCCAGGCUGCCGAGACCGACCAGUCCCCAGACAGCCCCGACGAUGAUGAUGAUGGGUCCGCCACCCUUCAACAACCAAACAAAGCCGAGCUGCUCACUGCAGCCUUCCAGGCGAAGAUCGAGUCAAUGGCGAUGGAGAUGACUGGCCUCAGAGAACAACUCGAGGCAUUUAGGUUACGGGCAGAGAAGGCCGAGGCUGAACGAGACGCCGACCGAAAGACACUAGCCGAGAUGGUGCUCCAAAUACGGCAGCGUGACGAAGACGAGAAGAGGCGAGAAGCCGAGAGGAGAACCAGGUCAGCUUCCAAGGGCAGGCGGCGUGCGCCAAGCGAGGACAACGACACGGAAAAGCCGGCCUCCGCGACGAACGGCAGCGCCAAGGUAACGCCGGUUGCGCAAAACGGCGGGGUUUUGGAAGAGGAAACUUCCGACACGGCGCCCACCCCUUCCCGGGCAUCUACCAUGAAGCCCGGCGUAGCAGCCCUAGCAGUCCAGGGCCAGCAGCCACAAGACGGGACGCUAAUACACACGCUACCGUACGCGUCCAUGGUCACCGUCGUCAUUUUCGGCAUGGGUUUGAUGGCCUACCUCAAUGGUUGGCAGCCCCAGUCGAGACUGGACCGCUAG